AUGCGUAAAUAUGAUCAUCGUCUAUUGCAAAUCUCAAAUGGUAAAACAUUUAUUUAUUGUUUAACGACUAUUCCACAUCCGAGCAUGCGAAUUCAAGUGCAUACGACGAUAAAUUGUCUGUCUCGAUGCUUCGGUAAUAAUGAUCGUUCCAACCUUAUCAUUGAACCAAAUCCAUCAGACAACAUUCAGUUACAAGAGAUGAAUUUCAAGAUUAAACCAUUCAUUUCCUGCUCAAGCAGAUCUCAUCGCAGAAAUGUUCUUGAUUUUUCAAGAAUUAUUUCUAAUCAUGAUCUAAAUGUCUUUUCAAUAUCUUCAACCAAUGUAAAUAUNUUCUCUGAUUCUCAGUUACUCAGUUUGGAAAAACGAUUUGAAACACAAAAAUAUCUUUCAACAUCCGAUCGAAUUGAACUAGCUGAAAUGUUACACUUGUCUCAAUUACAAAUUAAAACUUGGUAUCAGAAUCGUCGAAUGAAAUGGAAAAAACAAGUUUUACAAGAUGGCUAUCAGGAAGCGCCCACGAAACCCAAAGGUCGUCCGAAGAAGAAUUCGAUUCCAUCCUAUGCUGAAUUACAACAACUGGAAAAUAAUAAACAUACUCGAGUAUCGACCAAUUCAUCCGAUGAUGAAUAUACAUCACAAUCAACUCAUUACUCUCAGGACGACGAUGACGAAUUCAUUGAUAUUGAACAAUAA